AGUCGUGUUGGAGUGGCGUGACCUCCGAGAAUGAAACGGCAACAGUGGCAACAUUGGCACACGCACAACCACCGCUACAACUCAAUGGCCCAACCGAACCCGGACUGGUGAUACUGAUUUGUGCCAUACGACGAGUGUCUUGUGGCUCGAGGCUUCCUGCGACCAUGAUGAAUUACGCCUCCUUUGGUUUCUCUCGUAAUAGCAUGCGUGCAGUUGUAGCCCUGGCUUUUCUUCUCGUCCCAGUAGUAGCGUCCCAACCACAACCACAACAGAAACACUCGAUUUUGAAUUUCUUUGCCAUUGGGGACUGGGGAGGCGUGGGGUCCAUCCCAGGAGCAGAAUUCUUCAUUGGAGUCCAUCAACGAGAGGUUGCAGAUGGAAUGAACAAGGUGGCGAUGGACCAACGUCCUGAAUUUGUGGUUGCCUUGGGAGACAACUUUUAUCUCAAAGGAAUCUCCGGACAACAAGCAUUCCAAAGAGUGGAAAAGACGUUUGAGAAUGUCUACAAUGGCGCUGGAUUAGCCCGUGUUCCAUGGUAUGUCAUCGCUGGCAAUCACGACCACUAUGGGAAUGUGACGGAACAGAUACAUUAUACCUACUAUUCGCGCCGCAAAAGCAAGACAGAGGAGGGUUUUCAUCACCGAUGGGAGUUUCCUUCCUUGUAUCACAAACGGACGAUUACAAGAGGGCAUCUCUCCGUGGAUCUCAUUCUGAUUGAUACGGUUGAUCUGGUAGAAUCGGCGUUCUUACUAGAACCCAAUGCCACUGCCAAAAGUGAAAGCCUUUGGGACACCUGGGUGCGCUCUCCAUUGGGAUUCACUACCGAGAAAGAACCACCAACAACCAAACAGUGGCAGUGGCUCCAAAAGUCACUCAGCGACUCCACGGCAGACUACAUUCUGGUUGGAGGCCAUUACCCUGUAUUUAGCCAAGGAAUGCAUGGACCGACAAAAGAACUGGUCCAGCAUCUAAAACCACUCCUUGAGGAAUAUGGUGCUCACUACCUCUCGGGGCACGAUCAUGCCAUGAUGCAUUUUCAGCAGAAUGCUCCAGCCAGUGGAGGAGUUCGAUACAUUGUCACGGGAACUGGCAAUGCUUGUUGUUCAUGGAGACGCAACAAGUAUCGACAGGAACAUGAAAAAGAUUACAAAGAUGUUCCACUCCUGUGGCAUCUCUUCCACCAGGAAAAGCACCAUGACAAUGGUCUCACCAUCACGGGUGGAUUUGUUUCCAUCCAGGCCACGCCAUUGUCCAUGAAAGUUCAGUACCAUGCACAGGAUGGCUCGGUUCUGUACAGAGCAGAGCCCAUCCCUCCGGUACCUCGUCGACAACAAAGUCUUCCAGAUGGUCCUACUAGCAAGAGUGAGAACAUGCUCACCAAGGACGACAAAACCAAGGGCAACGUCGCGAUUGAGUAGCGCUGUGCUGUAACAGUAAUGAAUACCAUUUAGCAAAUGUUUUGCACCGCCGCAGCCAACUAGUUUCAGAAGUAUUCUAUCCAAAU